AUGAAAUUCACCGCUACGUACAAGGCUCAUCAUCGAUUUCGGGAUUGUAUGCUCUGCGGAAUCUCUCUUCUAUUGAUAUUUACUGGAAUGUUGAUUACGGCCGUAAAAUCGGGUGAAAAGAGUGUCGAUAAAAUUGUGGAUUGCUGGAAUGUUACAUCUUUUGAUAUAAUUGGAAAUAUAACUUUACCAUUUGAGACGAUCAAAUUUACAAAUAUAUCCUAUGGAAAAGUGUUAACUAUUAGAGGAGAAAUAGUCGGUAAUAAUGGUGAUGUUAAUGCUCCGAGGACAUCAUCCUUUGGGUUUUACGCGAGCAUUGAUAAAAUUCCAACCAAAAAAGACUAUCAUUUCUACAUUCCGAUGAAUACCAACUUUUCAGCUUUUUCAAAAGGAAGUGAACGUGCUGUGUAUUAUGGGAUUAGUGGACCUGUUUUGUCUGGAGCAGCGUCUUUCACCUACGUGUUGAAUGUUCUGGUUCAUGAUCCAAAAGAGAUGCCACAAAGUAUUUUGUCGAUCAUUUUGACAAGUGGCAUUGUAAUUUUAAUUCUUGUGAUUUCAACAUUUGUGAUACAAACUGGAAUUUCAUUAUCCAUUGUGUCAGGAGUUGAUUUUUGUGCAAUGUGUAGAAAACGAAAGAAACAUGGAUAUGCACAAAUUGAUACUGUCUUCACACAGCAACAAGAAUAA